AUGGCAGAAGAUGAAAAGGCAGUUCCCCAGAGCCACACUGCUGGCAGGGUGGAGAAAAACUGGCUCGCCAAAGCACUGCUCCUGGAAGAAGGAUGCAUGGAGUAUGAAGGCGAUCGCAAUUCCGAAGGGCAGCGCCAUGGAUUUGGGAAGGCACGGCUGCCCAAUGGUGACACCUACGAAGGGGAAUACGAGUGUGGUUUGAGGAAUGGAUAUGGGACCUACAGGUUUAAAAAUGGUGCUCUCUACACCGGGAACUACCUUCGAAACGAAAAGCAUGGCAAGGGUGUCUUUUUUUACCCAGAUGGAUCAAAGUAUGCAGGAGACUGGGUGCAUGACCAGAAACAAGGCUAUGGAGAAUAUCUGUAUGCAAAUGGAGACACCUAUACUGGAGAAUGGGCUAACAACAAGAGGCAUGGGCAAGGCACGUAUGUCUAUAAAGACACAGGAUCUAAGUAUGUUGGCUGUUGGGUAAAUGGAAUCCAGGAUGGACCAGCUGAACUUAUCCACUUAAACCACAGAUUUAAGGGCAGGUUUCUCAGUGGAAAGCCCUUAGGUCACGGCAAAUUCAUCUUUGAUAUUGGAUGUGAGCAGCGUGGGGAAUACAAACAACCAGUGCAGGACAAAGAGGAGGAAGAAGAAGAGGAGGAACAACCAUUACCUCUUGAACCAAUAUGGAAAGCAUCAGAAAUUACCAAAUUAACACCUUGGUCUCCCCAAGAUGAGGAGCUGCUAGGCCCCAGAGAAACAGCAGAGGCAGCAGUCACUGAGGAGGAUGGGGGUCACCCAGCAAGCACUACAGGAGAGGGAGAUGAGGAAAGAGGAGAGGAAGAAGUAAAUCAAAGUCAGGAGGAUGAAGAAACUACUGAUUUAGGAGGAUGAACCAGAGGAAACAGAGGAAUUGGGUACAACUGAAGGAAAAGACC